AUGGCGAAUCCCCAGCAUCUCAUGGGCACCGCUGACUUGAGCCUCAUUGAGGCUCCAGUCACCUGGCGGGCCUACAUGAUCUGCGGCUUCGCUAGCUUUGGAGGUCUGUUGAAUGAAAGCAUCCUGUUCGGCUACGACUCCGGAUACAUCUCUGGGGUUCUUGCCAUGGACUACGUCACCGAGCAUUUCGGCCAUGCUGUUCCCAAGGAUGAUACGAAUCCCAACGGCUUCAUCAUUCCCAGCUCCCGUAAGUCUCUCAUCACCUCGAUCCUUUCGGCCGGUACCUUCAUUGGCGCCCUGAUUGGUGGGGGUAUUUCUGAGCGCAUUGGUCGCCGCUCUACUAUCAUGCUCUCUUGCUUGGUCUUCGCCAUUGGUGUCGCCGUUCAAAUCGCAGCAGUCAACACCGGUGCACUCGUGGCUGGUCGCCUGGUGGCCGGCCUUGGUGUUGGUGGUGUCUCGGCUACCGUUAUUCUUUACGUCUCUGAGAUUAGUCCUCGCAAAGUGCGUGGCUUGCUGGUGUCCGUUUACCAGUGGGCCAUUACAAUCGGCUUGCUGGUGUCGUCUGGCGUUGAUCAAGGUUGCAAGGAUUUGAACUCCCGAUCUUCGUAUCAAAUUCCGAUUGGCUUGCAGUUCAUUUGGGCGACAAUACUUGCGGCAGGUCUUUUCCUGCUCCCAGAGUCGCCUCGCUACUAUGUUCGCAGCGGUCGAAUGGAUGAUGCCCUUCGCUCCCUUGAGAGAGUUCGAGGCCAGCCCGGAUCCAACCCAGCUAUUCAAGCCGAACUCGCUGAAAUCAAGGCCAACUUUGAGUACGAGAAGCAAAUUGCAAGCACAUCCUGGAUUGACUGCUUCAAAGGUGGAUUGUCCCCUCAUGGCAACCUUCGCCGAGUGAUUGCCGGGACAUGCUUGCAAAUGUUCCAGCAGUGGACCGGCAUUAACUUUAUCUUCUACUAUGGUACUACUUUCUUCAAGUCUGUGGGCCUCAAGAACCCCUUCCUCAUUUCGACCAUCAUGAAUAUUGUCAACGUGGUAACCACCCCAGCAUCUUUCUACAUGAUUGAGAAGUUUGGUCGUCGCACUUUGCUUAUUUGGGGGGCGGUUUCAAUGUGUAUUUGCGAGUUCAUUGUUGCCAUUGUCGGUGUCACUAAGACGGGAAGCCAAACCGCGAGCACUUGUCUCAUUGUGUUCACAUGUCUCUACAUUGCUUCCUUUGCUACCACCUGGGGUCCUGCCGCCUGGGUCGUAAUCGGCGAGAUCUAUCCGCUUCCCAUUCGAGCCAAGGGUGUUGCUCUUGCUACUGCCUCGAACUGGCUCUGGAACUGCGUUAUCGCCGUCAUCACUCCGUACAUCGUCGACGACGACAAAGGCAAUUUGAAGGUUAAGGUUUUUUUCGUCUGGGGUAGUGCUCUUUUCCUGUGCCUGCUGUUCGCCUACUUUGUCAUUCCGGAGACCAAGGGCCUCACUCUGGAACAGGUUGACAAAAUGCUUGAGGAGUCGACUCCCACGACCAGUGCUAAAUGGAGGCCUCACGACACCUUCGCGCACGAGAUGGGCAUUAUUGAAAAGGAUGAGCCUAACGUCAGCAUGGAGGAACACCAUGGCAAGAUGACCGCUGUUACUGAGCCUGUCGGCCCUGUCUGA